AUGGGGACAGUAAUUGGCUUGCUGCCCGCGGUUAUUACUUGGAGACUCUGGCUUCGGCGUUGUAAAGCCCGCAUGGAAGGAGACCAAGAAUCGGGAGAGACAGUGUGGUUAUUUGUGAGAAGUUGGCUUGCAAAAAUUGUAGAUGGCAUGAAGGGUGCUUUGUCCUAUACAGAUCAUAAUUUAUUGGAAGAGUUACAGGUGAGAACAAGUAAGCCAAAGAGUAGAACUCCUCGGAAGGUGGUCUGGGAGAAACCUCCUGUAGUUUGGUUGAAACUAAAUGUUGAUGGAUCUUGUAGAGGAAAUCCAGGUUCUUGUGGGGGUGGGAGUAUUAUUCGAUAUUCAGAUGGUAAUAUGAAGGCCGCUUUCUUUGAAAAAUUAGAACCGGGUACAAAUAAUGGAGUAGAGUUGAGGGCGAUUACUAGUGACGUUCGGCUUUGUAAAGAGUUGGGAUAUCAGAAUAUUUGUAUUGAAAGUAAUUUGGAAUUGGUGGUGAGUUGGCUAAUUACUAGAGUUUGUACUACUUGGUAUUUAUGGGACUUUUGGGAACUAUUAGAGGAGGAGUUAGUCGGCCUUCGUGUCUCGUUUAAGCACUAG